UCUCUCUCUCUCUCUCUAUAUCUCUAUCCCUAACCCUUCGCCAUUGGAGCAGCAAAAUCGAGCGACGACACUUCCCCCAAAAUCGGAGAGGGCGAAGAGGAGCAAGCGACGCAUCGGCCAUGUCGGGGGGGAUCGCGCGUGGGCGCCUCGCCGAGGAGCGCAAAGCGUGGCGCAAGAACCACCCACACGGUUUCGUGGCGAAGCCCGAGACGCUGCCCGAUGGGUCGGUGAACCUCAUGGUGUGGCACUGCACCAUCCCCGGUAAGCAAGGGACCGACUGGGAAGGUGGUUUUUUCCCUCUUACUAUUCACUUCAGCGAGGACUAUCCUAGCAAGCCUCCCAAGUGCAAGUUCCCUCAAGGUUUCUUCCAUCCAAAUGUCUACCCUUCUGGAACAGUGUGCCUUUCAAUUCUUAACGAGGAUAGUGGGUGGAGACCAGCCAUUACCGUGAAGCAGAUUCUUGUGGGAAUUCAGGACUUGCUUGAUCAACCUAAUCCUGCCGAUCCUGCUCAGACUGAUGGCUAUCAUCUUUUCAUUCAGGAUCCAGUGGAGUACAAGAAACGAGUUCGACAGCAGGCCAAGCAGUAUCCACCGCUGCUUUAGUGGGCGAAUAAGACCCCCUCUCGUGCUACAAAUUCAUGCUGUAUACCAAAUACUCUAUAAACCUCUGUUUUGUUGUGUUGGAUUGUUAGUGAAUACCCUCCUUGAGUAUGGAUGUAAAACUUGACUAGAUAUAUGUCUUAGGGCGAAGCAUGCGUGAACAUCUACUAACGCUUUGUCAUAAAGUGAUUGUUUGUGGGCUGUGUUUAUGUUCAUGUUGUCGGUCUUUGUCGGCGCCUGCGCCCAGUGUCUUUGUUGCGCGAUAACACUACUUUGUUGUGAGAUGACACUCUCCUUGUGGGGACUAGCAUUAUUUCCACAUGCUUUGUUACUGUGAAGCAGUGAACCUGAAUAUGAGAUCUCUCUUUUGGUGGUUGAA